UUGGCGGCGGCGUCGCGCGUGCGGCCACGACCGCUCGGCCAGUGAGCGCCGGGACCGGUCCCACUCGGGGCGGAGGGGAGAGCGUCAGGCGCGGCCCCUGCGGCUGCUUCCUGGGCCGUGGCGCCGCCCGCCGAGGCGCGCCUCCCUCGGAAGCCGAGGUUUUCCUGUCCGUGCCGGGCGACCGACCCUCUCUCCCUGUCGUCUUCCCGCAGCCUGCCCGGCGGAGGCCAUGGAGGACGAGGAGCGGCGGAAGAAGCUGGAGGCCGGCAAAGCCAAGCUUGCCCAAUUCCGACUAAGGAAAGCUCAGUCUGAUGGACAGACUCCUAAGAAGCAGAAAAAGAAGAAGAAAACUUCAAGCAGUAAAAAUGAUAUGCCAGCACAUCCAACUUUGAAUAGUGAGCAGCCACAAAGUGAUGAGAUGAGAAUAGAAUCAACUGUGACUCCUGAAUCUGCAAUGCAAAUUUUGCACAGUGGAGAAAUAAUCAAACAUGACCAGUUUUUUUCUGUGGAGCAGGAAAGUGAAAUCUCAACUACAGCAGAUGACUAUAGUUCAGAGGUAAAUGGUUGCAGUAUUUUGGUGAGAAAACAAAAGUCUACAAAUUUAUUAAGGGAAAAAGAAUUUGGAGUUGACGACUCUUACUCUGACCCUGGAGCACAAUGCAGUCAGACUCGCCUAGAGAUGAUGGAAAGUGAGCUGGCUGGGAAACAGCAUGAGAUUGAGGAGCUAAACCGAGAGUUAGAGGAAAUGAGGGCCUCUUAUGGGACUGAAGGUCUAUUGCAGUUGCAAGAAUUUGAGGCUGCCAUUAAACAAAGAGAUGGCAUCAUAACCCAGCUCACUGCUAAUUUACAACAAGCAAGGAGAGAAAAGGAUGAAACAAUGAGAGAAUUUUUGGAACUCACAGAACAAAGUCAAAAAUUGCAGAUUCAAUUCCAGUAUCUACAUGCUAGUGAGACUCUGAGAAACAGCACUCACAGUAACACAGCUGCAGAUUUACUACAAGCUAAACAGCAGAUCCUCACUCAUCAGCAACAGCUGGAAGAACAAGACCAUUUAUUAGAAGAUUAUCAGAAAAAGAAAGAGGACUUCAAAAUGCAAAUUAACUUUUUACAGGAGAAAAUCAGAGCAUGUGAAAUGGAACAAGAUAAAAAAGCAGAAAACUCAAACAAAGAAAUAAUGGAAAAGGAAGCAAUAAUUAAAGAAUUAAAUACAAAAAUAAUAGAAGAAGAAAAAAAAACUCUUGAGUUAAAGGAUAAAGUAACAACUGGUGACAAAUUAAUAGAAGAAUUACAAGAAGAAAUUCUGAAGAAGAAUCAAGAGGUAAAAAAUAUGCAGUUAGAGCUAACUAAUUCCAAACAAAAAGAAAGGCAGUGUUCGGAGGAAAUAAAACAGUUAAUGGGGACAGUUGAAGAACUUCAGAAGAAAAAUCAUAAAGAUAGUCGAUUUGAAACUGAUGUCCUACAAAGAAUGGAGCAAGAAACGCAAAGAAAGCUUGAACAACUCCAAGCAGAGCUAGAUGAGAUGUAUGGGCAGCAGAUAGUGCAAAUGAAACAAGAAUUAAUAAAACAACACAUCUCUGAGAUACAUGAACUUAAUGCACAGCAUAAAAAUGAACUAGAGAAUGCUUUAAAAUCUUGCUCGAAUAUUGCAGUUAAUGAAGAUCAAAUAAAAUUGAUGAAUGUGGCAAUAAAUGAACUGAAUAUAAAACUACAAGAUAGUAACUCUCAAAAAGAAAAAUUCAAGGAAGAACUGGGGGUAAUUUUGGAAGAAAAAUCUGCUCAACAGAGACAGCUUGAAGAUCUUUUAGAAGAACUGAGCUUUUCAAGAGAACAGGUUCAAAGAGCCAGACAGACAAUAGCUGAACAAGAAAGUAAACUCAAUGAAGCACGAAAGGCCCUUAGUACUGUGGAAGAUUUGAAGGCUGAGAUUGUUUCUGCAUCUGAAUCCAGAAGGGAACUUGAAUUGAAACAUGAAUCAGAGGUUACGAAUUAUAAGAUAAAACUUGAUAUGUUAGAAAGAGAAAAAAAUGCUGUAUUAGACCGAAUGGCUGAAUCACAGGAAGCUGAGUUAGAGAGACUGAGGACACAGCUUUUGUUUAGUCAUGAGGAAGAACUUUCAAAACUGAAAGAAAAUUUAGAAAUUGAACAUCAAAUAAAUAUUGAAAAGGUUAAAGAAAACUUAGGCAUUCACCAUAAACAGCAGAUAGAUGACUUACAGAAUGAAAUGGGUCUUAAGAUAGAAACCAUGCAGUUUGAAAAAGACAGUUUGAUAACUAAGCAAAAUCAAUUAAUUUUUGAAAUUUCAAAACUAAAAGAUUCACAGCAGUCUCUUGUAAAUUCUAAAUCAGAGGAAAUGUCUCUUCAAAUCAAUGAGCUUCAGAAAGAAAUUGAAAUACUCAGACAAGAGGAAAAGGAAAAAGGCACACUUGAACAAGAAGUUCAAGAAUUACAACUUAAAACUGAAUUAUUGGAAAAACAAAUGAAAGAAAAGGAGGAUGAUCAUCAAAAAAAAUUUGCACAACUUGUGUCAGAGAAUAGCAUUCUUAAAGAUGAAAAGGAUGCUCUUGAAAACAUGUUGAAAAUAUACACUCCUGUUAAUGAAGAAGAAGGGUUAAUUUUCAUAGAUUCCACUAAGUCCAGAAUGAAAGACUCUAACUGGCAAAAAGAAAUGGAAAUACUGAUAGAGGAAAAUGAGGACCUCAAAAAGCAAUGUGUUGAACUAAAUGAAGAGAUUAAAAAACAAAGGAACACUUUUUCCUUUGCUGAAAAAAAUUUUGAAGUUAACUAUCAAGAAUUACAGGAGGAUUAUGCUUGUCUUCUCAAGGUAAAAACUGAUUUAGAAGACAGUAAAAUUAAGCAAGAAGUAGAGUAUACAAGUCAAAUUAAAGCGCUUAGGGAAGAGCUUCAUAAUUUGCAAAAAAUAAAUCCAACUAUUGCUAAAAUGAGAAGUUCAGUCUUUGAUGAUGACAAAACUUUUAUCACAGAAUUUUUGGACAUUGGUGAGGUUGUUGAAAAAGACACAACAGAACUAAUGGAAAAACUUGAAGUAACUAAGCGGGAGAAAUUAGAACUGUCAGAGAAACUCUCUGAUCUUUCUGAACAAUUAAAACAGAAACAAUGUGAGAUUGCUUUUCUAAGUGAAAAAGUUAAUUCUUUAAAACAAGAGAAAGAGCAAGUUAUGCUGAGAUGUAGAGAAUUAGAAAUCAUUAUUGAACAUAAUAGAAACAAAAACGUUUGUGAUAGACAAUUAAGCUCUUUAAAAGAUGAAGCUGUAACUGCAACAAGCAGUUAUUCUGAAAGGUCAUUUUCUAAAAUAAAUAGCAAUUUGGGCAAACAACCAAAAAAUGUGGAGGACGAUAACAUUCCUUUGGAAACUAUGACUAUCAGGAAAGUAAGCAGUCAAGAACAGUUGAUUUUGGAUCGCUUGCCAUCAGUGACACAUGAAUUGCCACUUGGGUCUACGGAACCAAAUGAAAAUGAGAGACUUCAGUGGAAACUCGGAGAACUUAAAUCAGAACAGAAUGAUUUAAAUCUACAGAUGGAAGCUCAACGUAUAUGCCUCUCUCUGGUUUAUUCAACUCAAGUAGAUCAGGUCCGUGAGCAUAUGGAAAGUGAAAAAGAUAAAGCUCUUUGCAAUCUUAAAGAAGAGCUUGUUCUUGCUCAGGAAGAAAAGAUCAAGGAACUUCAGAAAAUACACCAACUAGAACUUCAGAAUAUAAGAACACAAACAGGUGAUAAUAUUAAACCUUUACAAAUACUCAUUGGAAAUCUUCGCAAGGCAGUGUCUGAAGAAUGUUCUCAAUUUACACAGGCUUUUUGCAGUAUCCUCAGUGAUCAUUAUAUUUCCUCUUCAAAAUGUAAAGAAAAUGUAGAAGAAAAAACAAACUCUGAAAAUCAAGAACUAGAAUUACAAGAUUUUAGAUGUGAAGUUCAAGAUGUUCAAGAAAACAUGCAAGAACUUCUCACCAGAGUAACACAAGAAUGCAACAAACUCUUGGUACUUCAGACACGAUUAAGAAAGAUUCAGGGACAGAAUACAGAUGAUGUGAAAGUUGAAUUUGCUGAAGAAAACCUACCAAAAGAAGAAAUGAAGUUCUUGUCAACUUGUUCUCAGAUGUCCAGUUUGCAAGACAUUGAUGUCAGUCAUACAGGCAAAUUAUGUUGUCUGCAAGAUAUCAAAAUUAAACAACUUGAAGAACCAAUUCAAGAAUUAGAAAAUUCUUUAUCUUCUGUACACCAGCAAUUAAAAGAAGCAGAAGAAAAUCCUGCUACAGAGAUCAACUGUUUGCAUCAAAGGUUUCAAACUGUCAAAGAAGUCACAGUUCAGCCAAGCUUUUCCAUUGAGUCAAAGGCAAUGACUGAAUUUGAUGUACUGAAAACUGGGAGUUGUCUAAAAGAAAAUAUUGGUGGUGCAGUAGAGUUUUCUGAUGAAUUUGGAGUGAAACAGGAAGCACAUGUGGUUAAGUUGCUGGAAAAGCGGUACCAAGAACGAUUAGAAGAAGAAGUAGCUAAGGUCAUUGUAUCAAUGAGUAUAGCAUUUGCUCAACAAACUGAACUAUCAAGAUUCUCCAGGGAAAAAGAAGUCUUGUCAUUAUCAAAACAACCACAAAUUUUGUGUCAGCAUGAAGAACAAAAUUUUGUAAAAGAAAUGAAGUUAUCACAAGGUCGGGUUAAUUUUCAGAGUUCUGUGACAACAGAUAUGACAUUUAAAGACGAAUUUAAACCACUCAGUAAAGAAUUAAGAGAAGAUGGAAAGGAAGUUCUUUUAUCAAAUAAGGACAAUCUCAUGUUAGAGUCAAAGGAGUAUGAACUGACUAUUUCAGAAGAUCUGUUCUCUAAAGAAAAAACAUGUACAACUAGAGAAACUAUCCAUGAUGAGAUUUCAGCAUCAAAUAUGGAUGCUUCUAGGCAAUUAAUGUUAAAUGAAGAACAAUUGGAAGAUAUGAGGCAGGAACUUGUACGACAAUACCAAGAGCAUCAACAGGCCACAGAACUGUUGAGGCAAGCACACAUGCGCCAGAUGGAGAGACAGAGAGAAGACCAAGAACAACUUCAGGAAGAGAUUAAGAGACUAAAUAGACAGUUAGCUCAGAGAUCCUCAAUAGAUAAUGAAAACCUGGUUUCAGAAAGAGAGAGGGUGCUUCUAGAGGAGCUGGAAGCAUUAAAGCAAAUAUCUCUAGCUGGAAGAGAGAAGUUGUGUUGUGAGCUGCACAACAGCAGUACGCAAACACAGAAUGAAAAUGAAAACCAAGGGGAAGUUGAAGAACAGACUUUUAAAGAAAAGGAAUUGAAUCGAAAAGCUGAAGAUGUGCCUCCUAACAUUCUGUCCAAUGAAAGAUAUGCACUCCAGAAAGCUAAUAACAGACUUCUGAAGGUUCUCUUAGAAGUUGUAAAGACAACAGCAGCUGUGGAAGAAACAAUCGGUCGCCAUGUCCUUGGUAUUCUAGAUAGAUCCAAUAAAGGCCAGUCAUCUAGCAGUCUGAUCUGGAGGUCAGAAGCUGAGACACCUAUGAAGUCAUGUGUCCAUGAGGCUCACUCUGGAGUUACAGAUGAUUCUAUUUCCUCUUAUUCUGGAAGUGAUAUGCCAAGAAAUGAUAGUAGCAUGUGGUUGAAAGUAACUGAAGAAGGAACAGAACUCUCACAACGACUUAUUAGGAGUGGUUUUACUGGGACAGAAAUAGACCCUGAAAAUGAAGAACUUAUGCUGAAUAUUAGCUCUCGGCUACAAGCAGCAGUUGAAAAACUUCUAGAAGCCAUCAGUGAAACUAGUAGUCAGCUUGAACAUGCGAAAGUUACACAGACUGAGUUGAUGCGUGAGUCAUUUAGACAGAAGCAAGAAACAGCAGACUACCUUAAGUGCCAAGAAGAACUUCGAGAACGCCUUCAUGAGGAGUCCAGGGCCAGAGAACAACUGGCUGUGGAGCUCAGUAAGGCUGAAGGGGUCAUUGAUGGCUAUGCAGAUGAAAAAACUCUUUUUGAAAGACAAAUUCAGGAAAAAACUGAUAUAAUAGAUCGUCUUGAGCAAGAGUUGUUGUGUGCAGGUAAUAGACUACAAGAAUUGGAAGCAGAGCAGCAGCAGAUUCAAGAAGAAAGAGAAUUACUCUCUAGACAGAAGGAGGCUAUGAAAGCAGAGGCAGGCCCAGUUGAACAGCGACUAGUAGAUGCUGCAGUCGAUGCAGCACCUGGAGCAGAAUUGCUACAUGAAACUGAAAAACUAAUGAAGGAAAAAUUGGAAGUACAGUGUCAAGCUGAAAAAGUAUGUGAUGACCUUCAAAAACAAGUGAAAGCUCUAGAAAUAGAUGUCGAGGAACAAGUUAGUAGGUUCAUAGAGCUGGAACAAGAAAAAAAUGAUGAACUAAUGGAUUUAAGACAGCAAAACCAAGCACUGGAAAAACAAUUAGAAAAAACGAGAAAAUUUUUAGAUGAGCAAGCUAUUGAUAGGGAACAUGAAAGAGAUGUAUUCCAACAAGAAAUACAAAAAUUGGAACAGCAACUUAAGGUUGUACCUCGAUUCCAGCCUGUCAAUGAACAGCAAACAACAGAGGUUGAGCAGUUAACAAAUCAUCUAAAAGAAAAAACGGACAAGUGCAGUGAACUUUUGCUCUCUAUAGAGCAACUUCAGAGGGAUGUACAAGAAAGGAAUGAAGAAAUUGAGAAACUGGAAUUUAGAGUCAGAGAAUUGGAACAAGCUUUAAUCAGCAACACAGACACUUGUCAAAAGGUGGAAGAUCGAAAACAAUUUGGGGUAAUAGAAAGUAAAACAGAAUUAUCUUUAGAAGUACAAUUACAGGCUGAGCGAGAUGCCAUAGACAGAAAGGAAAAAGAGAUCACUAACUUAGAAGAACAAUUAGAACAAUUCAGAGAAGAACUAGAAAAUAAGAAUGAAGAAGUUCAGCAACUACAUAUGCAAUUGGAAAUACAAAAACAGGAAUCUACUACCCGUCUACAAGAAAUUGAACAAGAAAACAAAUUAUUUAAGGAUGAAAUGGAGAAACUAGGAUUUACCAUAAAGGAAUCAGAUGGCAUUUCUGCUCAGGACCAGCAUGUGCUAUUUGGGAAAUUUACUGAGCUAAUGCAAGAAAAAGAGGUAGAAAUUGAUCGAUUGAAUGAGCAAAUUACAGAACUUCAGCAUCAACUUAAAAUUACAACAGAUAACAAGAUUAUUGAGGAAAAAAAUGAACUGAUAAGAAAUCUUGAAAUCCAAAUAGAAUGUUUGAUGAUUGAUCAAGAACGUCUAAAGAAAAAUAGAGAAGAAGAAAUAGAGCAACUUAAUGAAGUGAUUGAAAAGCUUCAACAGGAAUUGGCAAAUAUUGAACAGAAGACACCACUAGAUGCUAAUUCUUUCCCAGAAGAGGCAGAUAGUUUAAAACAUCAGUUGGAUAUGGUGACAGCUGAAAAACUUGCUUUAGAACAGCAAGUAGAAACUACUAAUGAAGAAAUAGCUUUAACAAAAAAUGUGCUAAAAGAAACAAAUGUUAAAAUGAACCAACUAACACAAGAAUUAUGCAACUUAAAGAGAGAACGUGAAUAUAUGGGGAAAAUUCAAAGUAUACCAGAAGAAAAUAUUCCUGUAGUUAUGGAUGUUCUAAACAGAAACAAAUCUGAACAGGAAGUAGACCUGACUGAAGAUAUUCAUAUACCUCUGGAAAAUCAGACUUGCCCCAAGUAUUUGGAAGAAAACAGCAAAAUGACCAUAAACAGUUUUGAAACAGAGAUGCUACAUGAGAACAUUGUGAGUGCAAAAGACUUAGAGCUUACACGGUGUUAUAAACAAAUAAAGGACUUGCAGGAGCUAGGCCAAUCUGAAGCAGAAAUGCUUAAGAAGAAGAUUAUAAAUCUACAGAAUACACUUGAAGAAAAAGUUGCUGCUGCUCUUGUUAGUCAAGUCCAACUUGACGCAUUUAAGGAGUAUGCAAAAAUCUGUCAAGAAAAGCAAAAAAAUUCAUUGGGAUCUGAAAAAGCAAAUAUACAGAAUUUAAGUCAAUUAACAGACAGUGAGAUGAAGUUAGAUGUACAAACAUUAACCUUAAGAAUAUCAGAAUUAGAAAGCCAGGUUGUUGAAAUGCAAACAAGUUUGGUUUUAGCAAAGGAACAGUUGGAAAUUGCAGAGAGAAAGGCUAUGGAAAAAGAGAAGAAGCUAUUAGAGCUACAGAAGCUAUUGGAGGACAAUGAGAAAACACAAAUUAUAGAAAUGAAAAGAAGUCCUCAAGGAGAUUUUGAUGUUCUCAUGACUACCACUGAACUAAAUCAAAAUAAUGAAGAAAGUGAAGUAUUUGAUCAACUUGAAGCUCUUAGAGCUGAAUCAGCAACUACCAAACAAGAACUUGACAGUUACAAACAGAAAGCAGAAACACUUCAAGUAGAGUUGUUGGUAAGAGAAAGAAAAAUAGAAUCUCUACAGAAAGAACUAAAUGAAGUUAGAGAUCAACUAACUGAGGCAGAAGAGAAGUUAGCCUGUUUCUUAGAAAAAGAAGCUAAGACUGAGGUACAAGAAAACGGAAAGCUCUGCAUAUUAGAGCCACUUCCUAUUAAAAUGGUUAAAAGUGCUGCAUCCCAAACCAGUGGGACAGUCAGAGUCAGUAGCAAUGAUCAGACUCCAGAAGUUCUUGUUAGAAAUGCAGGAAUCCAAAUUGAUUUGCAGAAUGACUGUUAUUCAGAAGAAGUGAGUGAAAUUAUCAGUCAGUUUACUGAAAAAAUUGAGCAAAUGCAUGAACUACAUGCUGCUGAAAUUUUGGACAUGGAAUCCAGGCAUAUUUCAGAAACGGAAACCUUAAAGAGGGAACACUAUGUUGCUAUUCAGUUACUGACAGAGGAAUGUGGUACCUUGAAGGCAGUGAUACAGUGUCUGACACCUAAAGAGGGAUCCACAGUUUCUGAAGUAGCACAUUCUGAUUCAUAUCAAACAAGAGAAGUUUGUUCCAGUGAUUCUGGAUCAGACUGGGGUCAGGGAAUUUAUCUUACACAAAGUCAAGGAUUUGAUACAGCAUCAGAAGACCGAGGAGAAGAAGGUGAAAGUUCAGCAGAUUCAUUUCCAAAGAAAAUAAAGGGAUUACUCAGAGCUGUCCAUAAUGAAGGCAUGCAAGUGCUCUCACUCACUGAGUCUUCUUAUAGCGAUGGAGAGGACCAUUCUACUCAGCAAGUUUCAGAGUCUUGGCUAGAAGAAAGAAGAGCUUACCUCAGUACAAUAUCAUCUCUUAAGGAUUUGAUAACCAAAAUGCAAGUGCAUAGAGAAGCUAAGGUUUAUGAGAGUUCUCAUCCUCAUGAAAACUUUACCGACUGGCGAAGUGAACUUCUGCUAGCCCUUCAACAAGUUUUCUUAAAAGAGCGUGGUGUCUUACUAGCUGCCUUUCAGACUGAGUUAACAGUUCUAGGUACUAGAGAUGCAGUUGCAUUAUUAAACUGUUUGGAUCGCAGAAUAAAAGAACAGGGUAUUGAAUAUCAGGAAGCUAUGGAAUGGCUGCAGAAUGCAGAUAGAAGGAGUUUGUUAUCUGAAAUUCAAGAACUGCGUGACCAAAUAAAUGGUAGGAAAAUGAUUUUGAAAAGAGAGCAAGAAAGUGAUCAACCAAGCCAAGAUCUCUUGAAAUAUAAUAUGCAUCAUAAGCAGUCUCAGAUACUAGAGAUGCAAGUGGAGCUUGGCAGUGUGAAAGACAGAGCAACAGAACUGCAAGAACAACUGAGUUCUGAGAAAAUGGUGGUUGCUGAACUGAAGAGUGAACUUGCACAAACUAAAUUGGAACUAGAAACAACACUCAAGGCACAGCAUAAGUACUUGAAGGAAUUAGAGGCAUUCAGGUUGGAAGUUAAAGAUAAAACAGAUGAAGUACAUUUGCUUAAUGACACAUUAGUAAGUGAACAAAAAAAAUCGAGAGAGCUCCAGUGGGCUUUGGAAAAAGAAAAAGCCAAACUAGGACGCAAUGAAGAGCGUGGUAAAGAAGAACUUGAGGAUCUGAAAUUUUCACUUGAGGGUCAGAAACAAAGGAAUAUUCAGCUAAAUCUACUUCUAGAACAACAGAAACAGCUACUAAAUGAAUCACAGCAGAAAAUAGAAUCACAAAAAGUGCUGCAUGAUGCCCAGCUAUCAGAAGAACGAGGUCGAAACUUAGAGCUUCAAGUUCUUCUUGAAUCAGAGAAAGUUCGAAUCCAGGAAAUGAGUAGUACCUUGGAGAGAGAGCGAGAAUUGCAUGCACAGUUGCAGAACUGUGAUGAGAAUGGGCAGCCUUGGCCCAUGUUACCCUCUGAAAAUAUACUGAAAGAGCUACAGAAACAGUUAGAGGAGAAGCACAGUCGGAUAGUAGAAUUGUUAAAUGAGACUGAAAAAUAUAAGCUGGAUUCUUUGCAAAUAAGACAGCAAAUGGAAAAGGAUAGGCAAGUUCACAGGAAGACAUUACAGACAGAACAAGCGGCAAACACUGAGGGACAGAAAAAAAUGCAUGAACUCCAGUCAAAAGUGGAGGAUCUUCAGCGCCAGCUUGAAGAGAAAAGGCAGCAAGUCUAUAAAUUAGACCUUGAAGGAAAACGACUACAAGGAAUUAUGCAGGAAUUCCAAAAGCAAGAACUAGAAAGAGAAGAAAAAAGAGAAAACAGAAGACUUCUCUAUCAGAAUCUUAAUGAGACAAGCACGUGGAGUUUAACUGAUGAUCGAACUAGAAAUUGGGUUCUUCAGCAAGAAAUAGAAGGAGAGACAAAUGAAUCAAGCUACCCUAAACUAAUUGAAAUGAAUGGAGGAGGCAGUAACUCUAACCAUGAGUUGGAAAUGAUCAGACAAAAGCUUCAACAUGUGUCUGUAAAACUACAGCAACUUGCCCAGAAAGCUUCCAACAGAUUACAGUUUGAAACAGUAGAUGAUGAAAACUUUAUUUGGGUUCAAGAAAGUAUUGAUGAAAUUAUUUUACAACUGCAAAAAUUAAUGGUACAGCCAUCUGAGGAGCCUAGCUUAGUGGACCCCAAUACUUCUUGUGGCUCAUUGACUGAACAACUAUUGAGACAAAAUGCUGAUUUGACAAGACAUAUCAGUCAACUGACUGAAGAAAAGAAUGAUUUAAGAAAUACAGUUAUGAAGCUGGAAGAGCAGGCCCGGUGGUAUCGACAGACUGGAGCUGGCAGAGAUUAUUCUUCUAGGUUUCCAUUCAGUGGUGGUUUCAACAUCGAAGCCAUCAUUGCUUCUGAAAAAGAAGUCUGGAGUAGAGAAAAGUCAGCUCUCCAAAAAUCCUUAAAAAGGGCAGAAGCUGAAGUAUACAAACUGAAAGCUGAACUAAGAAAUGAAGCUUUACUUCAGAACUGGAGUCCUGAUUCUGAACAUCACGCUUUAAAGAUAAUUUAUGGUAAAUACCUGAGAGCAGAAAGUUUCCGGAAAGCUCUGAUUUAUCAGAAGAAAUACCUGCUGCUGUUACUGGGUGGUUUCCAGGAAUGUGAAGAUGCCACUCUGGCUUUGCUUGCCCGGAUGGGGGGCCAACCAGCCUUCACAGAUCUUGAGGUGAUCACCAACCGUCCAAAGGGUUUCACCCGGUUCCGGUCAAUUGUCAGGGUAUCUCUGGCAAUUUCAAGGAUGAAAUUUUUGGUUCGACGGUGGCAUAGAGUCACAAGUUCUGGUUCUAUCAAUAUUAACAGGGAUGGUUUUGGAUUGAAUCCAGGGCUGGAGCUAUAUGGAGAACCAAGACAAACUACAUACCGCUCAAGAUCAGAUUUGGAUUACCCACGGUCUCCUUUACCAUUUCAAAACAGGUACCUAGGCCCUCCAGCCGAUUUAAAUCCUGGUUCCCUAGCAUGUUCUCAACUUCAGAAUUACGAUCCUGACAGGGCCCUGACAGAUUAUAUUACUCGCCUAGAAGCACUGCAGAGAAGACUUGGAACUGUACAGUCAGGUUCGGUUCAGUUUUAUGCUGGUAUGAGAAGAUAAUUCUUUGAAAAAUCUUGACUCAAAAUGAUUUUGAACAAAUUACCUUUUGUAAAUCAAUGGGUUAUUUUGUCCUUUUAUAUUGUGGGUAUUCACUGGGACCAAUGCGAACACAGCUUAUGAUUGUACACAAAUCCCUUACCAGCACAUGAGAACAAACUGGAAUUUGUACAUACAAACAUUGUGUAUGUAUUCAUGCACAGUUAUCACUAAAUUAAAUGUAUAUUUGUGGAAUGCUAAUUUAAAUGAUUAAAUUAUAAACUUUGUGUAUUUAUCAAAUGGGUUAAAAGAUCAAACUUUUGCGCAUUAUGAUACUGCUGAAUGUGUAGCUUGAGGUGUUCCUGUACUUUUCUUAUAAGGCUACUGAGGUUACAUGUUUCUGCCUAAUAUAUUUGCUACUGGUGAUGAAGACAUAUCACUUGUAGAGAACUAUUUUUGUAUAAUGGUAGAAGUUUUGAAUUUUAUGGGGUAUUUUGUCAAGUACUGAAAUAAAAAUUACUUCACCAUUUUAAA